AUGGUAACAAAGCAAACCCAACGGGAAUACUUGGUCCUCACCACAGUCACAGAAGGUCCUAUCGCUCCCAUUCCCACGAGGCUGGUUUUCAUGGCUGAAAGUCCUUCUGGUCACGCCCCGAGUCCUCCGUUCCGUAAGGCGGCACAGACUGCGAAUCAAAGACUGCGCAGACCAAAGAGGAAGAGACAAGCGCGUACUAGUACAGCAGCAAGCGACUCAUUGGAAAGACUGAUGGCUUCGCUCGCAGUGAAGUCCCAAGGGGAUCCCCGGCAAGUCUCCUUUACUGUUUUGAUUGGCAGCUCGGUGCAGACGACUCUAUACUUUGCCGCCAAGGAGAAGUCGCCCGAGAUCGUCAGCAUCCUAUGUCAUGCAGGAGCCAAGCCAAACAAAAGCAUCAGCCUAUACGGCUCCGCGAUCUUUGGUCUUCCACUGCUACCCUACACUACUCUAAGCACCGAAUACAAGCUUGCGGACACAACGGGAACCGUGGUUGCUCUGCUUGCUAUGGGUGCAAGUCCAUACGACGUACCGAAAGACAUGUGGCAGGAUUACCUUAAGGCCCCUAAAAAGGACAAACCGAAGCAGAUGGCGGGCAUUGACGUGCAUGAGGCGUGGUGUACCACCGAGAUCAGGGAAGCGCUAUGGAAGACCUUUAACCUCUUACAGCGUUACCCCCUUUGGAAAGCUGCGCAAAUAGAGCGGGCAACAGUCAGGGAGAUUCAUGUCGCUGAAGCAAACAAGAUCAUGUCCCUCUUCGAAACUCCCUACUUCAUCUUCGGACAGCAGCUGGCGACAACGCAAGUCCUGCAGCGAAUCAUAAGCCGACUGCUGCUCAAUUCGCCAAAGCCGCUAGUACUUUUCUUCACCGGUCUCAGCGGCCAUGGGAAGACGGAGCUAGCUCGCCGUACGGGUGGCCUUCUGUCUUUGGAGCUUAUCAUCGUCGAUUGUACCACGAUGCAGUACGAUACUGAUAUUUUUGGACCAUGGGACUCGUACCAUGGAUCGGAAGUUGGGAUUCAAUUGAAUAAUCAUCUUGCAGAAUGGGAUGGGAAGAGGACCGUGGCCUUCUUGGACGAGUUUGAAAAGACGACAGAUGAUGUACGCCAGGCUAUGCUGUUGCUGUUCGAGUCUGGUUGCUACACAGAUCGACUGCUUAAAGGUGCUCUGAAUUUUAGCAGCUAA